AUGAAGAAUUUGAUGGAGACUGCAAAUGCAGUAGCGGUCGAAGAAGGGAUUGACGAGAAGUAUGCUGCAGUUACCUUCUCCUCCUUAGCCAGCGUGAACUUCAAGUUUUUACCAUACUCUAUAGCGGAGCAAAAGUUUACCAUGAUAAAGUACCCCGCUGGCAGCACCAACACUCAAGCAGGAUUAGCAGAGGCCAUGAACCUGUUUUUGGAAUCUUUGCAAGGUAUAUGUUUCGCUGUGACUAAAUUCCCGCCAGUGUGAAAACUAUGUGGAAAUAUUCCCGAAAUUCGUUUCACUGAGGACUUGAAAGUAUUCCAUCUUCAGUUAACAGAAUUAUUAAAAACAAGGGUGGCUUCGCAGCGAAGCUGGUUUUGGUUCCUAGGGCACCCAGCCAAAUUGUCGAGUAAAAAAAAAAAAAGAAAAGGAAAAAAAAACGUGUGUCAAGAGGCUGGGCUUCCCGGUAUAUAGCCACAGCGUUUAGUUAAUUAACACCGCAAAGGAUAUACUUCCAUGACUGCCUCUCUAAUAAAUCGCAUAUUUUAUUUGUUCCAGGUGGACGUUUUGCCAAUGAUAAGAAUGUUUUACUUAUCACUGACGGCCAAUCAAAUGUCAAACAGCGCGAGACCAAACCCGCAGCCGACAGACUGAAGGCAUUGGGAGUCCAAAUUUACGUAUUUGCUGUCGGAUCUUACAUUUCUGGUAUAGGCGAGAUGGUACAGGUUGCCGGAAGCAGUUCCAGUUCUGAGCCAGAUGAUUUCCUUUUCAGAAUAGAGAACUACAAUCAAAUGUGGGAAUUCAGCAAACUGGUUGUAAAAAAAGUUGCAUCCUCGGGGAAAUACGUCAGUUUAAGCCCGGCACCUUCUCCUUGCUAGACAGGAACUUGUGGCCUUAUAGCCUGCGAACACAGCCGUCUCUCCUUGCUUCUCGCCGCCAGGAACGUGUCACAGGAAAGACUUGCGAAACAUCCCUAGCGGUGAGGAGCGAGGUGAGAAGGAUGUAUUCGCAGGCUGGUGGCCUUAUGGUCGAAGCUUCUAAGUGCGCAUUUAAUUAAUAGUUAUAGGAAUGUGUCUGUACAAUUAGACUCGGUCUUUGAUUGGCGCUGAAAAUUCCUUAUUAAAGUAAUUUGCCUUGAGUUUAUCAUUUUCGUUUCUCCCCCCUUGCGAAUUUUUUUCAGCUUCAGUAGCCUGACCAGCCUGGCUUAUUUAAUCAGGCCCUCAUUUAGUAGUCUUAGGUACUUAGUGGAACAUAACUGGGUGCUUAGAACAUGUUGAGUUGUAUAAGAACGCGGGUAAAAGAAGGAAAACUCUUGCAAAAUUAAUCCCAGGCGAGUGCUUCUCGCACUGACCGCAAACUAACGUAACCUUUAAAAGGUACUUUCCAUUUCUUUCGUGCAUAAAGCGUAGAGUCCCAGAAAAUAGUGGCCACUUUUCACAAUUAAUCGUAUUAUUUUUCCUUGCUUAAAAAUCUAG